AUGGCGUCCUCCUACGGCGAUCGCUACGACCGGCCUCCUCCUCCUCAUCAAUCUUGCACACCCUUCGCUCUGGCUUUGCACGACCCCUACGACUACGGCUACGGCUACGACCAACGAUAGCAUCAAUAGUAUCCACCUCGGCCUCCGUACGGGUCGUCGGCGUCAUCGUCAUUCGGGUCCAAGUAUUGUUCAUGGUUCCCGCCGGGGACCGACCCUUCUGCGAUUCGGAGCUUUGAGAUGGGCGAUAGGGAUAGGAGCGGGUACAUAGACGUGGCCGAGUUGCAACAGGCUCUCCGUUUCGUGUCGUAUCGUAGGUUCAAGAUCAGAACCGUUCGGUUGCUCAUGUUCCUGUUCAAGAAUCUCAAUGACCCUCUUCGACUUGUUGGCCCCAAAGAGUUCGCUGCUUCGUGGAGCUGCAUCGGGUAAUGGAGGGCCAUAUUCAAGAGAUUCGACAGAGAUAGAAGCGGAAAAAUUGACUCAACAGAACCGAGGGUUGCUCUUUACAGUCUAGGCUAUGCGAUCCCACCGUCCGUUCUCCGAGCCGAUAGCAACGGUAGGGGAUACGAAUUUAAUUUCGAUGCUUUCGUCGAGUGUGGAAUGAUUGUGAAAGGACUGAUGGAGAGAUUCAAAGAGAAAGAUUGACGAUACACGGGAUCGGCAACACUCGGAUAUGAUGACUUCAUGGGAUAUCCAGUUGUAAUACGCAAUUGUGUUACAUGUGACAUUAUAAAGGUGCAUGAUGAUGCUAUAAUUAUGAUGAUCCAGCAAUUUGCACUUCAGUUUGGUGCUACGGGGUUUUUACGGUUUUAUGCAACCGUAGCCGAACACAAAAUGAGAGAUAAUUCAGGCGAGGAAGGUUCGAAUGUUGGUGAAGAUGGCGAUUUGCUUAAUCGACGCGCAGCGAUCGAUGAUAAUGAUGAUGAUGAUGAUGAUGAAGAAGAUGAUCAUUGGAUGGACACCGAUGGCAAUGAUGAAAAAGAUGUCGGAUGUAGCAAUAUGAAUGCUUACUACAAUACCCAAGUCAAUAAUCCCAUUUUGGCGUUGGUACAUCCAUCGCUUUAUUCAAAGAUCGAUUUUGACAUGAUGUAA